AUGAAAGAGACCCCCCCGGGAACCAACGACAGAGCCCUAAUUGUUUCGCUGGACUGGAUUGUCUGGAACUACAUCGACACGUUGCUCCAUGAACGAGCUGUCGAGCUUCAACAGAACCUGCCUCUGGCGGGUCAAAGCGUGUCUAACAUGCGGCAGCUGCAGGACGACGAGGAGCAGAGUUCUGUGCGCGGAUUCCAUCAGAGUGAACGAGUUGGUCGGAUGCUAGAAACAUUCGAGGAGCUGACUGACAAGGUUGUCGAGCUGCACGAGGAGAAUCCCUCACAUAUUCUUGUGACCCGUUCCCUGCUCGCGUACUUCUUGGGGCAGUUUUCCGACUGUCCUCUGAUGGAGUCCUCCAGCACUUCGACGAGUGGGCCCAGUGGUUUGCGGAGCAAUGCUCGUGAAUGGUGCGAGCGUCCAUGCAUUCCUGUGAACAACAGUGAGUCCUUCACGGGCUAUGCCUCCCUGCAGCAAAUACGCCUUCCCGUCCGAAUUGAACCAAUACUGCUUCGGCUGGUGCCCAACACUUCAAUGCAAGAGGAUCCCUUCACCGGCACCCAGAGGUCUGCUUUCCAAUUGCUGAAUAUGUACAUGAACGUGCUGAACAGCAUCCUUCCCUCGAAUUCGUCACCAGAACUACUAGAUUUUUGCCGAUCUUCGCUUGUAAAGCUAACGGAGUAUUUAGCGUAUACUUCUGUAUUUAUAAACGAGCGCAUUGAUCUUGCAGAAGUAGCACAGUUGUUGUCGUGGACCGAGUGUCCCUCAAUUCCUUGCGUUCGGCUGCUCUACGUGGAUUGCGAGGACGGUGAGACCUUUUUGAGCCAGGUGAAACGUUCACACUCAAGACUCAUUGAAAAACUUCACGUCUUGUUACAUCAAGACUCCGAUGCGCUCUCAAGAGCGGCUCAUCGGACUGCUGUUAAUUUGGGACGCUUACGAAUAGAACUAAACGAGCAAUUCUACGCCAUAUUCUCCCGCUUAAAACCUCUGCCUCUUGGGCAAAUAUGCGGACUCCUUUGGGCAUUUUAUGACUGA